UAUCAACAGCAGCAAAAACUCGACGACGGCCAUUAAACUAAUUUUACAAAGCAAAUUCCAGUCGAAAAAACGCUUCAGCACUGUAUUUAACGCCGCCACGACGAAAAUUGAACAUUUGCAAAGCUGGAAAAGGUAAUGGGGAAACGUAAAAAUCAACCAGCGAUGGAAGGCGAUGCAUUAUCCGACUCUGAAAGUGGUGACUUGGAUUCGGUCUAUCAGUGGAUCAAUGAAUUAUCGAACCCCGAAACGCGUGAAAAUGCGUUGCUACUGCUAAGUAAGAAGCGAGAAAGUGUACCUGAUCUUGCGCCGAUGCUAUGGCACAGUUUUGGCACAAUAGCGGCCUUGCUGCAGGAAAUUAUCAACAUUUAUCCAUCAAUUAAUCCGCCAACGCUGACGGCGCACCAGUCAAAUCGCGUAUGCAAUGCCCUGGCACUCCUGCAGUGCGUUGCCUCGCAUCCCGAAACCAGAUCUGUGUUCUUACAAGCUCAUAUCCCACUCUUUCUCUAUCCAUUUCUACAUACAACGUCCAAAACGAGGCCAUUUGAAUAUUUACGCUUAACCAGUUUGGGUGUCAUUGGAGCGCUUGUUAAGACUGAUGAACAAGAAGUCAUUACAUUCUUAUUAACUACCGAAAUCAUACCACUAUGUUUAAGGAUUAUGGAAUCUGGAUCAGAAUUGAGUAAAACUGUUGCUACAUUUAUAUUACAAAAGAUUUUACUAGACGACAGUGGACUGUCAUACAUUUGUUACACUUAUGAUAGGUUUUCUCAUGUCGCAAUCAUUUUGGCUAAAAUGGUCAUUACACUUGGAAAAGAACCCUCAGCUCGCCUACUUAAACAUGUUGUAAGGUGCUAUUUGAGACUGUCCGAUAACCCAAGAGCUCGUGAAGCACUCCGCCAAUGUCUCCCAGACCAGUUGCGUGACGGCACUUUCGCAGCAUGCCUACAGGAGGACAACUCCACAAAACACUGGUUAGCCUUGCUAAUCAAAAAUUUGGAGCCCGUUCAAGGUGGCGGCGAGGGUCUCGUGUUUGCCCAAUCGUAAUAAUUUGCUCGCACGUCACAUUUGUAAAGUAAAAAAAAGUUAAACGAAAAGCCACGCUAAAUGAUAAUAAUUAAAAGAUAUUCUUUUUUUUUUUGACAUGAUUCUGUUCUCGCAAAGCAUGUGACAGACUCAGCCUGUUAUUUAGCCAACGAACAGAGAAUAAGUUUUUAAUUUCAGAGAAAUAAUAAUUAUUUUACUAUAUGAGAAAAAAAACAGAAAA